CGAUUUUCGUGUUUCAUCAUGGCGGACUUGCCAGUCCAUCAAGGUAUCCCAAGAUUCAUUGUACAUUGGCGGGUGCGCGCGCAUGUGUUUUCAUUCACACACAAGCGUACUACGAAUCUUACUACAAACAGAGACUGGGGCAUCAGAGGCGGCCUAGAGGGAAGGUCAUCACAUCAGUACUCAAGACUGGACCAUAGAUGUCCCCGCGGGUGGUGAUAGUACCCGGGAACGGCUGCGAUGCGGUAUUCAACGCCAAUUGGUAUGGAUGGCUGUACCACGAGCUCACCAAGAAAGGUAUUGCUUGUGAACUGAAGAGCAUGCCGGACCCGUACGUAGCUCGGGAGAGCGCAUGGAUCCCGUUCAUGCAUGAUGAACUCAAAUGUGACGAGACGACCAUUAUUGUCGGACACAGUUCAGGGGCCGAAGCGGCCAUGAGGUACUGUGAGACGUACAAGGUCAAGGGCAUUGUGUUGGUGUCUGCUUGCGUCACGGAUCUCGGGGACGCCAACGAGAGGGCAAGCGGCUACUACAGUCGACCAUGGGAGUGGGAGAAAAUACGAGCUAACGCCAGCUUCAUUGUGCAGUUCGGUUCCACGGAUGACCCGUUCCUAUCUUGGGAAGAGGAACAGAGCAAGGUGGCUGAAGGUCUGAGUCCCGAAUUGUUCAAGUUUGAAGACCGGGGCCACUUUAUGACAAGCGUGUUCUAUGAAUUGCUUGACCUCGUGGUAAAGAAGGCACAGGAGUCACCAAAGCUUUAGCCAAUCCGCUCAAAGUUAAAUAAAUGUUGUUUUGCAGGAC